AUGAAUAUAGAUAGUAGUAACAACAACAACAAUAGUAAUAAUAAUGUUAGUGGUAAUGUUAAUAAUAAAGAUGAUAUGAACUUCUUAUCAGAUAUAAAUAUAAAUAUAUUUUCACCAAAUAAGAAAAUGAGAUUGAUGCAUAUCAAUAGCAAUGAAAGUAGCAAUAAUAAAGGUGAAAAAUCAUUAUCACAAAGACAAUUUGAUAGAAAUCUGAUGACACCUGGUCAGACUAUAUCGCGUGAGGGUGAGUUCCUUAGGGGUCACGGAACGUUCCACUCGAACAACGCGCUGCUCGCAAGUGUUUGUGGUCUGGUGGAGCGUGUCGAUAAGUUGGUGUCGGUGCGUCCAUUCAAAGCACGUUAUCACGGUGAAAUCGGUGAUAUCGUUGUCGGGCGAAUCACUCAGGUCGGCAGCAAACGCUGGAAGGUCGAUGUUGCCGCGCGUCAAGACUACAUCUUGAUGUUGACGGCGAUCAACUUGCCCGGUGGUAUUCAACGUCGUCGUACGUCGUCCGACGAGCUACAGAUGCGUAACUUUUUCGUGGAGAACGACUUGGUCUAUGCCGAGGUGCAGGCGAUCAACCAGGACGGCUCGGUCGCGCUGCACACACGUAAUCAGCGAUACGGUAAGCUACAGAAUGGAACGUUCAUGUCGGUGCCACCCAGCUUGAUCAAGCGUGGCAAGAUUCAUUAUCAUUCGCUCGAGUCGAUCGGUGUCGAUAUCAUCUUGGGCGUCAACGGUUAUAUUUGGCUGGCGGAUAGCGCGCAGCAGCGUCAGCAGGCGUCGCUCAUACAGCAACACGAGAAGGAGAACUACGAUCAGCCACUACUCAUUCCACAAGCGAUAAGAGAGGUAUCGCGUGAAUCUCGCAUCAAGAUUGCACGUGUUAAGAACUCGAUUGAAGUAUUGAACCGUAGUUUCAUGCUGAUACACCCACGUGCCAUCAUGGAGAUCUACCAACUCGCCGAGAAGAUGUCACUGCCUCUCAAAGACAUGUUACAUCCCGAUAAAAUCAAACAAAUGAUAACAGCUGUACAUACCAACUUAACAUCCAACAAAUUAAACAACAAAAACAAAACCAACAACAACAACAACAACCAAGAUUCAGAAGGUGAAGAUGAUGAAGAUGAUUUAAAUGAAUACAACGCAUAUUAUAAUGAUCAAAUGAAUACAGAAUAA